AUGGGCUGUUCAGAAUCUAAAAAUAUUGUUGAACCCUCCCUUGACGCUGCUCCCGAAGAAAAAGAGAAAACUGCUGCGAAAGAACAAGAGAAAAAGACAGAAAUUGUUCCGAUCACAAGCAAAAACGCCAAAAGCCAAACAGAUGAGCUGCCAGAGAAUUUCCCGAUUGAGGCAAAAGUAAAAAUUGUACAGUCCAAAGAUGUUCAAACUCAAGAAUCAAGCCACAAACACGGAACAAUUGAUGGCGACUACCAGCUCGCGUUGAAGCUGCAAGAAGAAGACUACAGUCAGCUUGAUCGAAUGGAAACAAGGGAUCUUAUUCAAAUUUCAAAUCCCGGGAGGAGAGAUACACCAGAAAUUGAGGCUCCUGUUGAAAAGAAAGAUCAUUAUCCAUCGCUUGAAGAACCAGCUGGCGUGAGAAAAAUGUACUUGGCACAAGGCUUCAAAGACUAUCAUAUUGAAGCGCUUUUUCGUCAUAAUUUUUACAGGGCGUUUCAUCCUGGCACUAAAUCUUUAACGUUGAGCAUGAUGUUGUGUGAUCAAGCUCAAGCGAGUGCCGACCAGCAAGCGGAAAUGAAUGUUAUGGGCCAUGUUACUGAAAGAAAAGGAGCCGGGGAAAACCUCCAUUUUUGUCAUUACGAGUAUUAUGCGAAAUCUCCAUCAAAAAUGACUGUGGGUGGAACCGACCGCUUUUAUGGCGAAGUGACUGAUUUUCUGAAAGGAUUCAAUCAUGAAACAAAGAUGCCCGAUAAAAGCACAUUCUUAAAAUGGGGUCAUUACAGUCAGUUGAUUUGGAAAGACACCUUUGAAAUGGGGGUCGGAUUUGCCAAAUUCACGGACCCGAUAAAAGCUGGCUACCCAAUGAUCGUCACUUAUCGGUACCGCUCUCACGGAAAUUUCAAUGACCAAUAUCCAACGAAAUGCUCAUUGCCGCAAAAAUCUCUUUCUGAAAUCAAAGAGAUAAUUAACCAGUGGCAAGAAAGAAGAGUUAAUGCAAUUAUUGAUGACGAAGAAGCGCUUGACUCGAAAUUCAGAAGACAUGGUAUUCAGGAAUGGCAAAUUGACGCGUGGAGACAUUUCAAUGGCAUACGAUACAGUCAAGGUCUACCACCUGUCAUGCUUGAUGUUGAUCUUUGUGUUCAAUGCUGCACAAAUGAUGGAAAAGGAUAUUGGUCAAUGUGGACGACGGCUUCUUUAGAGGGGAAAAGCUUGGAUCGAUUCGUUCAAGAUUACUUUACGAACCAGGCGAAAGAAAUCUUCAAACAAGAGGCCGACUUGGCUUUCACUUCCUUUGGGCUUGCUGUUGAAAUUCAACCAAGAAAAACAGAACUAAGAUGUCGUUUCAGUAACUAA